CCUGCAGCGAGGCCUGGCACGUGCCGCCGCGGGGGGCCACGUAAGCGUCACUGCCGCAGGGGCUUGUGGGUCAACGGUCGCCGGCACCGAGGCGGUACCUCAGCGAGGCGGGAACUGAGAGCCAUGCCUGCUGAGAGGAGCUUGAUGCACGGGCGGAGGAACCGGUCGAAAUCCAGGGCGCUGUGGCAAGUGCGCGCGAGGGUGAGAGCCAUUGAGGCGGAGGAGCCGGCGCUGGGGCCUCCUCCGGAGAACGACAGUCCGGGACUCCAGGCUGCCGUGGCUGCCAUGCGUCGGCCCACCUGGUGCACGCCUCUGCUUGGCCUCCCUCAGGCUGGGCCGCGCUACUUUGCGGUGAAGGCUUGGGCCCGCAAGCACUUUGGGCUCCUCGUGCUCGCCAGCUGGGCCCUGAUGCUGCUGUUCUACUUCCUGACUACCGGAUUCUCGAAUUCUGUGUCUCCAAGCCAGUAUAUUCUGUGGAGCAAUGGAAAUGCUAGUGGGCCAUCUCUGGAAAACACCUCUGCAUGGGAAGCUCUGUUAAGUUUUUUCUUUCCAACAACGUGCAUUCCAAAGGAGAAUCAGGUGCUGAAGGCCUGCAAGGAUGACCUGCAAGAUCUUAACCAGAGUGCAUGUUUGGCACACAGAUGCUGUUAUUCUCUCGGGACCAGUAACUUCACUUGUUUUGCCCCAUUGAAAGAUAAGCCAACACAGAUGUUGCGGAUGUUUGGGCUUGGUGUGAUCAGCAUGAUCAUCCUGGGAUGUCUGCCCAUUUAUUGCUGCUCUCUUUGCCGGAGGAGCAAAUGGACCAAUCAUUUACGAAGGAAAGUUAACAGAGUUUUAAAGGAUUGGAAGAAACAAAGAAACAAACUAAAGAAGGAUACUGAAGUAGUAGGGGCAACAAUGGAAGAUGAGAAAGGACUAGAUGAUGGCAAGGAGCAGGAGUCUAAAGCAUUACUUUCCCAGUGAGAAGAACGCAAACCAUUCAGAGCACAGGAGACUGUCCCAGUCAUCUAAACCUGAUGGAGCGUUUUUGAAAGACAAAAAUUAGUUCUUAUUUUUGUCAUGUUUACUUCCAAAUAUAAAAUAAAGUUGAUAGUUUUGUUUUUGUGCAUCAAA